AUGCCCACGUCCACGGCUACCCCGAAGGAGUCUCACUCCACUGACUCGGGUACCAUCACCCGAUGGCUGCACGAGGACAAGAAGGAUGAACCAUGGACUCCCUUCCGCUUGUCCGGCUCAUCUCAGGCCGGUCAACCCACUGGGACGGGACAGGAGCGGAGUUCGAGCGGCCCUAGUUCGAGUACGGGGGCCGAGCAUGGAUCGCAGUAUAGUCAGAAAUGA